CAAAACGUCCGGGACUGUCCUCCCCCGAGCGCGCUGCAGUCCCUGACAUCCAGACGUGGACGCCUCCCAAGGACUUCAGAAGCUAAGCACGCAUUUACUUUCAUCUGACAGAUAAGGCAGCCACCGCGUCUACUCCAAGGUCCGCUGUGUCCCAGCGGAAGAAUCGGAAACAUCCCGGCUGGUGCUGCUCUGCUCUCCCCAUUAAGGCUGUGCCUCUUUCCCACGCCCGAGCCUCUCCUCCCUUUCAUUUACUCUCCCGGUGCUUUGCAAAUGUAAGGGCUGCAAUUUCAUGUGCCCCUACUCCAAAAGGACGGGUCCGUGCCUUUUGUAGUUCAGCCAGAGCCAGGAACUUGCUAAUAUCCUUGGAUACUCGGCUCUGCCCCUAGGUGAACCUGUAUCUGCCUUGAGCAGGGAGAUAAUGCGGCGGCUGUUGUUUUGCUGCUGCCAGUCCCUGGAGAGACCGUUUCCAUGAAGUCUUAGCUCGGGGGAAAAAAAAAACAAACCAAAACAACCAAAACGGGCGACGCUAUAUAGCUCAUGACUGGGAAAUGAAAAUUUCUCCCUAAAUGAGGCUUUCUGAUAGGAAGAGGCUGGCAGAGGCGUCCCUAUAAUAAAGCGUGCGAGGAAAGUAGUUUGCCGGGCGGGAGGAGAGCUGCCUGGCUGGUUGACAGAGGGGGCGGAUCCUGCGCACGGGCGGGCAGCGCCGAGUCGGAGCGGCCCCGGCAGCCGCGGGGCUAUUUCAGGAGCCGGGCGGAGGCGGCGGCUGGAGCUGGGGCAGUGAUGGGGUUAGCGGCGCCGGUGGGCUGAGCGGGGGGCUUGCAAGCGGAGGGAAAGGCAGCCGGGAAAACACGCCUUUGCCUCGGAUUGAGGGGGAAAGGAUAGGUUUUUUGGGCUGCAUCACAACUUGAGCAGCAUCAAGCUGAGCCAGGCAGAGAGGGGAGCGGGAGGGGAAGAAGGAGGAGAAGAAGGAGGAGGAGGAGGAGGAGGAGGAGGAGACGGCUGCCACCGGGGGAUUUGGGCUCGAUUUAUUGAAACAAAUCAGUGCUCGGGAGAGAGCGGCGAGGAGGAGGAGGAGAAGGUGGGGGUGGGGGGGCAGGAAGAGGGGGCUCGAGAAAGAAAAGUGUGAGGGCUGUGGCUGGGAGAAACAGAAGUGAUGAGAGAGCGAGCAGGGAGGCUGGAGGAGGCUGCCCGUCCUGCCGCCGCGCCCCGCGGGGACCGCCGCUCCUGCCGCCGCCGGGCGCCCCCGCGGCCGCCGCUGCCGCCCCGCCGCCCCCGGCCCGAGCCAUGGAGGCGCUGAACGGCCCCGGCCCGGGGCCCGGCGACGCGCUGCGGCCGCCGCCGCCUUCGCCCGGCCACCACCACCCGCACGCCGAGAAGAAGCGGCUGCACCGCGCCCCGUCGCCCGCCAGACCAUUCCUCAAGGACCUGCACGCCCGCGCCGCCGCCAAGCCUCCGCCCGCGCCCCCCAAGUCCCCCGGCCUCCCCGCCCGGGCGCCCUCGUCGCCGCACCCGGGCGUCCACCAGCCCUCCGCGGGGCUCCUGGCGGCGCCGGGCCGCCUCUCCCGCCGCCCCGCCGCCCCGGGGGGCAAGGCGGCCGCCGCCGCCGUCACCGCCGUCGGCAGGGCGGGCGCCAAGGCCGCCCCCUGCGCCAAGCGGGCAGCCCGCGGUCCGGAGCCGGGGCCCGGCGGCCGGGGCGCGGGGCGGCAGCCCGGCGGGGAGGCGGCCCCGCCGCCCGGCAAGGGCAGGAAGGCGAAGCGGGGAGCCGCGGCGGGCAGCGGCCAUGCGGCGGCGGCGCUGGCCCGCGUCGGCCACACGGACAGCAGCUCCGACCUCUCCGACUGCCCCUCCGAGCCGCUCUCCGACGAGCAGCGCCUGGCCCCGGCCGCCAGCAGCGACGCCGAGUCCGGCACCGGCUCCAGCGACAGGGAGCGGGAGCAGCCCGCCGCUCAUCCCGCCGCUCAUCCCGCCGCCGAGCAGCCCCGCGUCGGCCACGGCCACGGCCCCGGCCCUGGCCCCGGGCGCGGAGCUCCGCUGGCCCUCGGCUCCCGCGGGGAUGCGCUGCCUGCGGCCACGGGCGUGGGGAGAGCCCCGAGCCGCGGGGAGCCGCCGCCGGCAGCCCCGGAGGAGCUGCAGCGGGAGGUGGAGGAGCUGCGCUCGGAGAACGAGUACCUCAAGGUGAGCAUCGCCCUCGGCGGGGAAGGGAAGGGCAGGAGGCGGCGGCGGUGGAAACGCGGCCCCCUCCUGCCCGGGAAUGCGGGAACCGCGCUUAGAAGGGGAGGAAGAAUAUCGCGCUGCCUGGAGUCACCUCCCACGGGACCCCCCGCCCCCGCUGGACCAAAUGCCAGACUUUACCCUCAGGAGAGAAAUAGGGGCAGGGAGAACCAGCCGGGCGCCUCGGCCCCCUCCUCCCCCGCCCCCACGAAGCGGGACCGCUGCGCGGCUUAG